AGUUCUGCUGAGUGUUCAAAUUUAAAUGUCAACCAAUAACAGCUCUGUAACCGCGAAAAAUCCCUAACUUCCCCAUAACUUGCUUGUGCCUGUCUAUAAAAGAAGCUGUAAGAUCCUCGCUCGGGACCUCUUAGCGUCACCGGUAACGAGUGCGCGGAGGUCCGGGUUUGAACCUGCAAUAAACGACCCUUGCCGCUUGGCUUUGACUCUGGACUCUGGUGGUUUGUUCUUGGGGGUCUUUCGAAUUUGGGCAUAUCAUUUGGGGGCUCGUCCGGGAUACCCCCAAGCCCACCAGACCCCAAGUCAACGGGUCGUCCCUGAAGCCGAUCAGUAAGUGAGCCGGCUCUGUCCGUUUCUGUCUGUAUAUCGUCUGUUCGUUUCUGGCUCUCUCCCGCGCGGGAUCUGUAUCGGGGACUGACACGGCCCUGGCAGACGCGCUAUAGGGCAGUCGGUCGGGACCAGUAGAAGACGUCCUCUGGUACCUGUCUGGGGCACCAUUUUGGCCCAUCGGAGCUUUUCUGUUCGGGUUACGACACCCGAAACGCGCUAGCGACCUAUGUUUCGUGUUCUCUAUUCUAUAACCUUUAAGUGUUGAACCCCCUUCUCUUUCACAGGUGACCUGGCCUGGCGCAACCAGAAAUCCUCAUAAUUUUACUGUUUCUCCUUUUUAAUCCUUUUCUCCACCUCCAGGAUACAGAUGGGCCAAUCUCAAAGCACUCCUCUUUCUCUCCUCGUUGCUAACUUCAGGGAUGUUAGAACCAGAGGACAGAAUUUGAGUCUAGACAUCCGGAGGGGAAAAUUAAUAACCCUCUGCCGCUCCGAAUGGCCAACCUUCGGCGUUGGAUGGCCAACCGAAGGAACUUUCUGCCUCCCUAUAAUUGCUAAGCCCACCUGGGACGACUGUCAGCAGCUCCUCCGCAUCCUGUUCGCUACAGAGGAGCGAGAGAGGAUCCAAUUAGAAGCAAGAAAGCUGGUUCCCGGAGACGACGGUCAGCCGACAUCUAACCCUGACCUCAUUAAUGCGGCUUUUCCCCUAACCAGACCUCCACAGGACGAAUGGGACUACAACACAGCAGAAGCUGCCGAGAUGCCCGAAGCCUGCAUCCAGGGAACCGAAGGUCUCCUGCGAACUCUGGGAACCUUAGGCUACCGCGCCUCAGCAAAGAAGGCUCAGAUCUGCAAGUCAGAGGGACUGCUGCUGAACCCCCUCAGGGUGAUCUUCACCCCCCAGAAGGCCCUGAACCCGGCAUCACUGCUGCCAGACCCAGACAUGGGAACCCCACUCCAUGACUGCGCCGACAUACUGGCUCAAGUUUAUGGGGUCCGGGAGGACUUGAAGGACCAACCAUUGUCGGAUGCGGACGCCAUCUGGUUCACCGACGGAAGCAGCUUCGUUCACCAAGGACAAAGGUAUGCGGGGGCGGCCGUGACCUCAGAGACCGAAGUGGUGUGGGCAGAAGCCCUACCCCCCGGAACCUCGGCCCAGAAGGCUGAGCUAAUAGCCUUAACCCAGGCCCUAAAGUUAGGAAGAGAUCGCAAGCUAACCGUGUACGCUGAUAGCCGAUAUGCCUUCGCCACCGCUCAUGUACAUGGGGCGAUAUACAGAGAACGGGGGCUCCUCACAUCUGAAGGAAAAGACAUCAAAAAUAAAGAAGAGAUUCUAGCCCUGCUAGCAGCCUUAUGGGAACCCAAAAAGCUAGCGACUGUGCAUUGCCCAGGACAUCAGAAGACAACCGACCCAGUUUCCCGGGGCAACAAUUUGGCCGAUCAGACUGCAAAAACCAUAGCUCGGCCCCCAGCGCAAUCGCUGACCCUACAGCUGCCAGACCCCGGACCCCGGGAAUUGCCCCCCAGCCCUGAGUAUUCAGAAAGCGACAUUCAAUGGAUGAGUAAACUUCCUAUGACCCGAAUCAAAGAUGGCUGGUGGAGAGACUCCAAAAGCAGCAUUAUACUCCCAGAUAAACUAGGAUGGCAAGUUCUAGAGAGGAUCCAUCGCAGCACCCACUUAGGUUCCCGGCGAAUGUUGGACUUACUGAGGCAGACUGGACUAAAAAUCAGAAAUGUCUCUGAUGAGGUCGAUCAAGUAGUCGCUAAAUGUACAGUGUGCCAACUCAACAAUGCGAGUAGCCAUCCUCAGACAACAGGGGUAAGACAAAGAGGGAGCAGACCGGGGACCUAUUGGGAAGCAGAUUUCACUGAGGUAAAACCAGGAAAAUACGGAUAUAAGUAUUUGCUAGUUUCUGUAGAUACCUUUUCAGGAUGGACCGAAGCCUUUCCAAGCAAGAAUGAAACGGCGCAGAUUGUAGCCAAAAAGAUCCUGGAAGAAAUCCUGCCCAGGGUGCGUAAUUCCCCGUACAAACUGGGACUCACACCCUAUGAAAUAAUGCAUGCCUUGCAGAGGGUCCAUGAAGAUGUAGGGCCCAAAUUAAGAGAACUUUAUGAGACUGGACCCCCGCCUAUUCCUCAUCGAUUCCGCCCCGGGGAUUGGGUCCUCGUCAAACGUCAUCGGCAGGGGACUCUGGAACCCAGGUGGAGAGGACCCUUCCAAGUCAUCCUGACAACGCCUACUGCCAUCAAAGUAGACGGAAUCGCCACCUGGAUCCAUUUCACCCACGCGAAACCGGUGGACCCGUUCUCAGACCUCAUCGGACCCUCAAAGACAACCUGGACUGUUGACCGGACUAAGGACAAUCCUUUAAAAUUGACCCUACGCCGCCAACGGACUGAGCCGUAA